AUGGGGACCAUCGGCGCGCAUGCCAAAUCACAGCCUCACCUCGAUGCAGUCGCCCGUUAUGAGGCUUCCCUCGCGGCGGAACGGGUUAUUCCUGGCCUCGUAGACGACGCAAACCGACAGCAAGAGGUGGAUCCUACACCUCUUAAUGAUCUGUUCGCCGAAGAAAGACCACGCACCAACACACCUGAAAGCGAAAGGCCCCUAUCUCCUCUUUCAUUUCUCCGUGCCUUCGAUUUUGCAGAAGGGAACCAAGAUCUAGACAAUUCCGACGUUGACAUUGAUCUCGACAAACUUACCGCAGCCAUUCACGCAAUGGAGGAUGAUGAAUGGGGUCCAGGCGACGAGGCGCAGGACGAAGCCAGUCUCGAGGCUGACUUGCGUACUGGAGUGCUUCCCGAUCCUUCAGCUUGGCACCCAUUUAAGAAGAAAGAGGUCGAUUUCUCCGUAAUAACACCUGCACUUCGCUUUCACUUGCUCGUAAUAGCACGUGGUGGCGUUAUUAAUCAUUGGAUCCACUCGCAGUAUCCUAUCACGUUCCCAAUACCACCGAAUACGCUCCAUCUUGCUUAUCUGCGACGUUGGCCUACCUGA